AUGACUCGGGUUCUUGUUACAGGUGGCACAGGAUUCGUCGCUGGACAUGUGAUCGAUGUUCUCCUUCAGCGAGGCCAUAGCGUCGUGACUACGGUUCGCUCAGAGCAAAAGGCCCAGUCAAUCCGCCAUGAGUUUCAAGGCGUUAGUGAAGAGAAGCUCGACUUUGCUAUCGUUCCCGACAUUGCAGCCAAGGAUGCCUUCCAGGGCUUGGGUGCAUAUGGCCUCGAAGCGGCCAUCCACGUUGCAAGUCCCUUCCACUACAAUAUCACAGACGCCAAAAAGGAUCUGAUCGAUCCAGCUGUCCUUGGCACAACUUCAGUGCUUGAAGCACUCCACAAGACUUGUCCCACCGUUCGGCGAGUUGCGCUGACAUCAUCGUUUGCUGCGAUACUGGACCCUAAGCUAUCGUUCACUGGUGCCAAGAAGACGUACACUGAGGCCGAUUGGAGUCCUCUUACUAUGGAAGAUGCCUACUCCAACCCUGGACUUGCCUAUGCUGCAUCAAAAGCACUCGCUGAGAAGGCUGCUUGGGAUUUUAUGGCUGACAAGAAACCCGGUUUCUCGCUUACAACAAUCUGUCCUCCCAUGGUCUACGGUCCAGUCAAGUAUCCAGUCAAGUCUCUCGACUCAGUCAACACAUCCAACCAGCUGCUGGCUGACAUUAUCAGUGGGAAGCACAAGAGCGGGCUUCCUCAAACCCAACUACCUCUCUGGAUUGACGUCCGUGACGUGGCGUUGGCCCAUGUCAAGUCCGUAGAGACAGAAGAGGCAGCGAACAAGCGUAUCUUUGUCACUGCCGGGUACUACAGUAAUCAGGAGUUAUAUCGCAUCCUGUACGAGAACUUUGCAGAUUUGCGGGACAGGCUACCGGAAGAGGCCAAUAAGGGAGGCGAUCCAAACCCAGCUCUCGAUUCGUUUGGCUUUGAUGCCACCCGGGCAAACACAAUUCUUGGAAUCGACUGGAUUUCGUAUGAGAAGACAGUCAUUGAUUCAGUCAAGUCUCUUCUCUGA